GCGGAAGCGCUGUCGUUUUACUCCGGACCGUGGUGACAUAAGGAAUGUGUGGCUGAAGGACCGUGACAAGUCCUACAGUAACCCCCAGUGAUGAGAACUAGGGAGCAGCACCUCAGACACACAAUUCCUCUGGCCAUGUCACAAGCGUCUUUGCUCUUAAAAUAAAAAAAAAAGGAAAAAAAAGACUCGUUUAAAGAAUAAGUGAAAAAAAAACAAAAAAAUCGCAAAAGUUACAAGAAAAAAAAAAAAAAAACAGCCAACAAAAAUCGAAGGAAAUAGUCGGAUCACCCCUCAGUGUGGUGCGCCCGCAGCCUCAAUGCAUACUCACUACUCCCGAAUCAACAUGAAGCCCGAGAUCAUCGCAGCGGUGGGCUUCCUCUCCAAGUUCCUGCGUACUAAGGGGCUGAUGGACGAUCGGGAGCUGCAAACCUUCAAUAUGUCCCUGCAAGAACUACUAGUAGAACAUUACAGACAUCACUGGUUUCCUGAGAAACCUACCAAAGGUUCAGCUUACCGCUGCAUUCGGAUUAACCACAAAAUGGAUCCCUUGAUUGGGCAAGCAGCAGACCGUAUCGGACUGAGCAGCCAAGAAAUGUUUAAACUUCUGCCAAGUGAACUCACUUUGUGGAUUGAUCCAUACGAAGUGUCUUAUCGCAUCGGAGAGGAUGGUUCCAUAUGUGUGCUCUACGAAUCUAUCCCGACAAGCAGCAGUAGCCAAAAUGGCAGCUCGUCUCUGGUGGUCGAAAGCAGAAUCAGCUGCAAAGAUGAACUUCUCCUUGGCCGAACAAGCCCUUCCAAAACGUACAACAUGAUGACGGUAUCUGGUUAAGAUACCGACGAUGGCUGGAUCAUCUUGUAACAGAUGGAAUAAUAUUGUUUUUAAUUUGGGAGGGCUCCUAUGGGGAUGGAGUGUGAAGUAUAAAAUGUCACAGCUGUGAAGAUUGGGCACAAAAUAGAAGUAGAUCUUACUGAUGUGAAUGUGCCAUGGUUUGGACAGUACCUUUUUUAUUUGUAGUUUAACAGCCUGUAUGUAGAAGGAAAUGUGUUUGACACUAGACAUUUAGUCAGUGAUAAUAUCUGUAUUAGGUUAUGUGCGUACUUUGCAUCGGGCACGUUUGUCACCAGGCAGUGUUCAGUUGUGCUUUUCCACUUCUAGUCAAGGCUUUAAAUGGGAAAAGCAUCUUGGAGUUCAGUGAUCUCUAUGAUCCUCUUGUUCAAUAGUGCAUGUUAAAGCAUUGAACAGACUCCUUGGCUUUAGCCUUAUCUUGAGGGAACCAUAAUCAGCAGGGCACAUGUUUGUUACCAAGCAGUGUUCGGUUAUGUUUUUCCCACUUAUAGUCAGGACGUUAAAGGGGACAAGUAUCUUGGAGUUCAAUGAUCUCUACGAUCAUCUUGUCCAAAGGUGCAUAUUAAUGCACUGAACAGACCUCUUUGGCUGUAGCCUUAUCUUGAGGGAACCAUAAUCAGCUGGAAAAGUCCAUGUCGGAUAACUGAAUCUUCCCCUUAGACUGGUCAGCCAGGGAGUUUCUGCAGAGAGCACUUAUUAACAUAGACUAUGAUCUUUACCCUGAUUGGGCAAUGAUCAUCUCACGUCUAUGUGCGUUAUUACCCGUGGAGUAAGCUCAAGCUAACAUUGCCAGCUGACAAAUGCGUACAAAACAUGGAAGUACGUACAUAUCCGUAACCUAUGAAAACCCAAAGCUCAAUGUCUUUGUAAGAUUUUUAUUUACUUCUCUGCAGUUUUUUUGCAGAGCUUAACUUGCACUAAUGUCUUCAAUGUUACUAUUUCUGGCAGCUCAGUAGCAAGGUGAAGAGGUGGGAAUAUGACACUUAUUGGGAACUGUACAUGGCAGACAUGACUUGCACUGAAAAUAGAUAUAGAUGUGUGCCUAUAUAUCCAUAUAUAUAUAUAUAUAUAUAUUAGAUAGAUAUAUAUAUAUAUAUGAUAGAUAUAUACAUACACACACGAGAUAAUAUUAAUAAGUCUGCCAAAAAGAAUACUUGAGUAUCUUCAUAUUGUGAAAUGAACUUGAACGGUAAAUAUAGAUUUCUUAUUUUUUUUUUCCUGCCUCAGCUACAGGCUUUAAAAAACACCUUCUAAAGACACUGUCUGAACUAUGGCGUUCUCACCAGCCAGCUUAUCUGUACAUUUCCUAGCUCGUAGUUUUCUAAGACGGAGUAAACUUCUUAUUUUUAGAAAAGUGGAGUUCUGCUUUGUAAUUUCUUGUACUUAAUUGGGUAAAAGUCCUUUUCCACAAGCCACCAUCUAUUUUGUGAACUUUGUUAGUCCUUUUAUUUGAUAAAUUAUGAACUGCUGUAAAUUUGUACAGUUCAUGUAUAUUGAUUGUGACAAAGAUGUACAGAUUUCUAUUUUAAAUGAGAGAUUUUUCUUCUCUAUAAUAAAUUGUUUCUUAUCCUUGGCAUUUUAAACAAA